AUGUCUACAGAAAAGCCAUCUUGUUUGCUCAUUGGAGCCGGCGGGGUUGGGGUUAUAACUGCCUACUCCCUCUUUCACGCUGACAGAAGCAAUGUGUCUAUGGUGGUAAGAUCCGACUAUUCACAUAUUGUGCAGGAGGGAUAUAAGAUCGACUCGUGCGACUACGGCGUCGUCGAAAAUUGGAAGCCGCAUCAAGUCUUCAAGAAUACUGUAGAUGCCGCAAGGUCUGGAAGUUUCUUCGACUAUAUCGUCGUCACUGUGAAGAACAUCCCAGAUGGUCCGAUCCAGAACAGAGUGCACGAAGUAAUCAGACCAGUGAUCGAAUCGAACCACGACGUGGCACCAGAACGGCGCACCAGCGUUCUUUUAAUUCAGAAUGGUAUUGAUAUCGAAAAGGAGAUUUUAGAGUGCUUUGACAAAAAUAAAUAUCACUUGUGUUUGCUAUCCGGUGUUCAGCUGAUCGCAUCUACGAAAUUGAGCCCCGGCUACAUCCAUCAAAAAGGUUUAGAUCAUCUCAUUGUUGGCGCGUUUAAUCCGCAAGAUGCCCUAGCAGUUCAGUCUGCGAAGGAUUUCGUUGCCAUGUAUAACAAUGAGGGUCAUAAUCAUGUUGAGUUCGACCCUCGCGUUCGAUACACCAGAUGGAAAAAGUUGUUGUACAAUGCCGCUAUAAAUACGACGACAGCUUUGGUUGGCCUUGAUGUUCCCCGUUGCCUUCAAUUUUCUCAAAACAAGAAGGGAACCGAAGAAUAUAUAUUCAGGCCUGCUAUGAGAGAAAUCAUCGCUAUUGCGGCCAGCGAGGGCAUUACAUUGGAGAGUGAAUUGGUUGAUUUCUUCGUAACUAUUACACAGAAUAUUGUUUACAAACCUUCCAUGUGUGUCGAUAUCGAGAAAGGGCAGCUAAUGGAAUUAGAAAUAAUUCUUGGAAAUCCUAUCCGUAUUGCUGCACAAAAUGAAGUGCCAACGCCAACUUUAUCAAUGCUUUAUCACUUAUUGACGCUUCUCCAGGGAAAAGUUAAAGAAAAAAAGGGUUUGAUACAUUUUGAUGAGAAGACAGCCCGCUUAGUCGAUCAAAAUAAUAUUCCUGCUUAA